UUCAGUUAUGCCAAUCUGAAAUUGAUACAUUGAACGAAACAUCAGAAUAUAACAGAGAACAACAGAAAAAAAUUGAAUUGCAAUUCAAAGAUAGUCAAACUAAGCUAACAGAUAAAGUGAAAGAAAAUCAGCUAUGUCAAUCUGAACUUGAUAAGUUUAGUCUCACAACUUGCAUUCUAUUUGGAGAUUCAGGUAUUCAUCAACUCAAUGUUUCUGGCAUAGGUACCUUCGAUGUUUUAUGCAAUAGUCAGAUAGCUGGACCUGGAUGGAUUGUAAUACAACAACGAGUUGGGGGAAAUGAGGAAUUCAAUAGGGACUGGGCAACGUAUCGCAAAGGUUUCGGUGCAAUGAAUAGCGACUUCUUCUUUGGACUAGAAAAAAUACAUCGUAUCACGAGUUUGCAGCGAUUCGAACUUUAUAUACAUAUGGUUUCUCUGAAUGGUAGUACCUACAACGAUCGUUAUGACGAUUUCAAAAUAUCUGAUGAAGACAGUGGAUAUAAACUGAGUUUGGGUAAAUUCAGUGGAACUAUUAUUGAGGAUGCGAUGAGAUACCACGAAAACAUGAAAUUCUCAACAUUCGAUCGCGACAACGACAAAUAUGAUAAUGGUAAUUGCGGAGUUGAUUACAAAAGUGGCUGGUGGUACGAGUAUUGUUAUAAUUGUAAUUUAAAUGCACCAUAUGGGCCAGAUCUACAUUGGAUGGGAUAUGAAAUGAAAGAAGCUAAGAUGCUUAUUCGCCCCAAAAGAAGCGACGAAGAAGUGAGCAACUGAAGAGCUGAAAUUCCAAUAUUUGACUCAAUUGUGUAAUCAUUUAUAUAUAUUUGGUUCAUUAAGAAAUUGCGUUCUGAAUAAUAAAACGA